UCAUUGCAUACAUAUCUAUGAUACAAAUAGUCUGUGAUCCAUAUCAAUUAUCAAUGUGCUUUGCUUGUAGUGGAGGUUAAGUUUUUUAAGAAAAAUGGAUAUUGUUAACGAAAUUUUGGAGCGAGAGCAAAAAAAAGCGGAAAAGUACAAACCAAUUACGGUAGAAAAGCAUUUAGACUUAGAAUUUGAUGUCGGUAGCUUGCUUGCUUUUGAUACAAAUGAUCUAGAUACUAAGUCGUUGCACUCCCAAAAGGACGUUUAUUUACACACAUUAUCACGAGAUAACGCGCAGUUAUUAUUGAACAAAGUAUGGGAGCUUCCUACAGAGAGGAUCGACGAAGCGAUUGUAGUUCGUCUACCACCGCCAACAACCGUUUUACCGCGAGCGAAGCCAGUGCCCAAGCCCAAACCUUUAACGAAAUGGCAAGAGUUUGCUAAAGCUAAAGGAAUUACAAAGAAAAAGAAAGAUAAAUCACAGUGGGAUGAACAGUUACAGAAAUGGGUGCCACUCUAUGGAUUCCGAAAAGCUGCAGCAGAAAAAGAGAAGAACUGGUUGAUAGAAGUGCCACAGAAUGUAGAUCCAAUGACAGAUAUGUAUGAAAAGAAAGCCUCUGAGAAAACAGAAAAAGUAGCAAAGAAUGAAUUGCAACGAUUGAAAAAUAUUGCUAGAGCCAGAAAAGUAAAGAUACCUCGAGUCGGUAUUCCAAUUACUUCUGAUAAGGCAUCUGCAACACAGUUAGCUACUGCAGCAACUGUUGCUAAGGCUUCCACAGCUUCUCUUGGUAAAUUCCAAGACAAACUUCCUAAGGAAAAAGAAGCUAGAGGCAAAGGAAUACAUGAAAUCAUUCCUGGCAAAGAAAGGAAACGUAAAGCACCUUUACCAACACCACAAGCUGAAAGAGAAAAUAACUUAAACCUCCUUGACAGUAUACUCAAUAAAAGACCUAAAAUUGACAUGGAUAGAGCGGUCUCAAAGUAUAUACAUGAUGAACAAGUACAGAGAUCUGAAGAAAAGAAAAACUUAAAACCAUCUAAAGGGAGAUUUAAAGGCAAAGGUAAAGGAAAUGUGACAAACUUCUCUGCGAAAAAGCCUAAGGCUGGUAGAGGACAAAGAAAUCCUAGUAAAAAGAAUCCAGGUAGGAAGCGGAGGUAAUACAUAUAUUGUGAAAUAUUUCAACAAUUAUUAAAAAUAUACUUUAAUUGAUAUA